UUAGUGCGCUUGACUUAAGUUUUGUAGUUAGUUUUCUUGCACAUUUGUCAUUUCGGUGUGUGUUUAAUAAACAACUCAAUAUAUAUAUAUAUAUUUAAACAAGUAUUUGUAGUUUUAAGUUUGUUGUUCGGUGGCAUUAAGGACUAAUUAAGUUUAUGUGAACUUUGCUCUGAAGUGUGCAGUAGGUGGAAGGUGGAAGAAAACCUCGCGCAUUUUUAACAGAGUUAACAGGGUAUAAGUUAUCAUUACUAGGUUAUAUUAAGGAUGUCGGGGGUUAAAAUGUCAGAGGGCAGGGUAAAUGUGGAGAUGUGUAAGGAACCACUGUUUUACCGUCAGGCUGUUCCUACAUCAGGAGAAACACAGCUGUGUGUGUUAUUACUGCACGGAAUCCGAUUCUCGUCUCUCAACUGGAACAGUAUCGGUACACUGCAGGCUCUGGCUGCUGCUGGACACCGCGCCCUGGCUAUAGAUUUACCAGGCCUGGGUGAGUCUAAAGCCGCUGAGGCUCCCGCUGCAGUGGGCGAGCUGGCUCCUGCAGAGUUUUUGAAGCAGGUGUGUAAGGGACUGAACACGGGGCCUGUAGUGCUGAUCAGCCCAUCUCUGAGUGGCAUGUACACACUGCCCUUCCUCUUCCAGUUCACUGAGCAUGUGAAGGCUUAUAUUCCUGUAGCUCCCAUCUGCACAGACAAGUUCAAGGCAGAACAAUACAACGCCGUCCAGGUUCCCACUCUUAUUGUGUAUGGAGAUCAGGAUACUCAGCAAGGUGAAUUGUCACUAAGCAACUUAAAGAAUCUGCCCAAUCAUAAAGUGGUGGUAAUGAAAGGGGCUGGGCAUCCGUGUUACCUUGAGGACCCGGUGACUUGGCACAAAGCUGUUCUUGAGUUCUUGCAAACGCUGGUGUAGUAGAAACAUCACUAAAUACAAGAAUUUAUUAUACACUUGAAUAUAAUAUCUAGGGUUUCUUUGAUUGAAUUAUGGGACCAAAAUUACAGUAGAUUACUACUCAUGCUACAAAAAAUGAUAAUGUUAUAACUUGAAGUAUAAUCAUACAAUGAAGAAAUUUGACUUCUUGAUACGUUGUAAUGAAUCAUAGUAUAAAUUCUAAGAGAAGAUUAACAAUGCAAAUAUUUUUUUUUUUUUUUUUUUAACAACUGCAACUUUAUGUAAAACACUACAAUUAUGUGCAUAUGAGCAAUUAAACCCACAGUCAUUCAGGUGACACAGUGGCACAGCAGGUAUAGGAAGUUGGGAGAUGCCACACAGCCUAGGGACCUGGGGACCCCUCUUGUAAAAUCCUGUCAGUAGGUUUAUUACAACCCCAAAUCAGAAAAAGUUGGGACAGAGUUUCUUACAUUUACUUUGACUUUUAUUUGAUUGCAGACAGGAUGAACCUGAAAUAUUUCAUGUUUUGUCUGCUCAACUUCAUUUCAUUUAUUAAUAAACAUCCAUUCCUGCAUUUCAGGCCUGCAACACAUUCCAAAUAAAAUUGGUACAGUAAAGCAUUGCCAUUCCUUUUCACCACACUUAAAAGACGUUUUGGAACCGAGGAUACCAAGUGAUUUAGUGUUUCAGCUUUUAUUUUGUCUCAUUCUUCCUGCAAACACGUCUUUAGAUGUGCAACAGUACGGGGUCGUCGUUGUCACAUUUUUCAUUUCAAAAUUCUCCACACAUUCUCUAUUGGGGACAGGUCAGGACUGCAGGCAGGCCAGUCCAGUACCCGUACCCGAAGUAUGCAAAUCCCUUCCGAUCUUUCUUUGAGGUACAUUGAUUUUAAACAUUUAAAUUAUUUUCUCCUGCAUUUGUUGACAAACUGGAGAUCCUCUGGCCAUCUUUGCUCAUCAAAGACAUCAUAGCCAAUCACCUACUGACAUCACCUGUUUGGAAUCACAUCAUUAUUUAGUUUUUUCACUUCAUUACUAGCCCUAAAUUGCUCCCGUCCCAACUUUUUUUUGGAAUGUGUUGCAGGACUGAAAUGCAGGAAUGGAUGUAUGUUAACAAAUGAAAUGAAGUUAACCAGACAAAACAUGAAAUAUCUUGGGUUCAAACUGUCUGCAAUCAAAUAAAAGUUAAAGUAAAUGUGAGGAACACUGCAUUUUUAUUUUAUUUGCAUUUUCCAUACUGUCCCAACUUUUUCUGAUUUGGGGUUGUAUAUGCUUUAUAUUUCCCAUAGAUAUGAGUGAGUGAAUGUGUGUUCUCUAGCAAUAAAUUGGUGCCCGGACCAGGGUAUAUUCCACCUUACUUCAUGCUGGGAGGACUCGAGAUGUCCUUGAUUUGUGGUUAUUGAUUAAAAGUAAGAUGUAUUAUGCAACAUACAUUCAUUCAUUUAGGCUUUGUAUUUAAUUCAGAUAUCCAGUUGUUCUGUGUUGUAUCAGAGUAAGAUGAAGUACAAAUAUUUGUAAUCUCACUGAAAUGAACUGUAAUCUCUAUGUAUUCGUAUGAGAAUCCUGAUUUUUAAUAAAUAAAUACAUGAAUAAUAAAAAAAUAAGCACAGAACUUCGACUUGAAGUGAAAAAUAUGAACAUUAUUUAUUAACUGAUUCUCUGUAAUAAACAAUUUGAAAAUA